AUGGUUCAAAAGCUCAAAAUCGCCGCUGCAGGUCUUGGUCGUAUGGGCGCUCGUCAUGCCAUCAACUUCCUCCACCGCACCCCUCGCGCAGAGCUCGUAGCAGCAUUUACACCCGACCCGAAAGAGCUCGCCUGGGCCAAAAUCAACCUGGAACCUCAUGGCGUUACGCUGUACACCGAUUAUGAUGAGAUGAUCAAGCAAGAAGGUCUUCAAGCUGUGGUCAUUGGCACCGCUACAUCAGUCCAUGCCGAGGAGGCCAUCAAGGCCAUGCACCAAGGCUUGCACGUUCUCUGCGAGAAGCCUCUAUCCACAAGCAUCCCUGUCAGCAAGCAAGUCCUGGAUGAAGCACUCAAGCACCCUCACCUGAAGGUCAUGUGUGGUUUCUCCCGCCGUUUCGACGAGUCUUACCGCGAUGCAUGGGAAAAGAUGGAUAGAGGUUUGAUCGGCCGACCAACAAUCAUCCGCAGUCAAACCUGCGACAAGCACGACCCCAGUGGCUUCUUCGUUGAGUAUGCAGCAUGGUCUGGAGGUGUGUUCGUCGACAUGUCUGUCCACGACAUCGAUCUUGCUCUUUGGUUCUUUGGCGACGACAUCCAAGUCAAGAGUGUCUCUGCAUACGGCGUACGAGCAGUCCAGCCAGAGCUAGCCAAGUACAACGACUACGACAACGCCAUGGGCAUCGUCGAGUUUUGGAACGGAAGAGUCGCCAACUUCUACUGCUCGCGAAUGAUGGCACAUGGCCAAGAAGACGUGACGGAGAUCAUUGGUACCGAAGGCAAGUUGACGGUCAAUGGUAACCCCCAGAAGAACUUUGUCAACUAUUACGGACCACAAGGCGUGACCAGAGAGGUUCCAGCACACUACUAUGGCCGCUUUGAACAAGCAUUUGUUGGAGAGGCUAAUGAGUUCGCUGCUGCUUGUCUGGAUAACACUGCACUUCCAUUGAAGCUGCGCAACGCAGUCAAGGCCGUUGAGAUUGGCGCUCUACUGCAGGAGGCUCUGGUAAAGGGUAUUCAGAUUCGUCUGAACGAGGCUGGACAGCGCAUCUCGGAUGCUCCAGUUUCGAAGCUGUAG